AUGACUUACCGGAGUAAUGGCCUGAGUAAUAAAUCGCACGGUUGCACCUUUAACACCUUUCAGAGUAUUGUGAGGGAGCCCUGGUGCAGUGGUGCCAGCUCAGCGUCUCUGACCUCUGGGCCACCCGGCCACUUUACUUUUUUCGCGUUUGACCUUUCAGAUGUGGAGGCGACGGGGGGAAUUGUCCGCCCGUGGCCACGCAGCGGACCGCGAAUCCUCAUCAUCGGCUGCGGAUUAGCGGGGCUCGGAGCCGCAGUGACCCUGGCCAAGAGCGGCGUCCGGGGAUCCAAGCUGUUGGUGCUGGAGGCGCUCGACCGAGCCGGAGGCCGCGUCCACACGGCUCGGCCAUUCCGUCUGGGGCAUGCCGCCGAGUUGGGCGCUGCGUGGAUCCACGGGGAGAAUGGAAACCCUCUGUACAGGCUCGCCCACAUGCACGGACUGCUGGCCACUGGCAGGGCUAGCGGCCAGGAUGGAGGGGAUCAACAGAAGGACGGGGAUGACAACGAGGAGUACCGCAUGUGCGAGCCGAGCUGCUACCUGCCAGACGUGGACCACUUCUUCACGGAACGCGGAGAGCGACUGCCCUCGGGCACAGUGUCUCAGGUUUGCAAGCGUUUCAGCGAGAUCAUGGGCGACGCUUUCGGAGAGACCGACAGAGUGUACGGGGGCACUGGUGGCACCGAGGCUCGUUCUGCCGCAACGGGUCACAGGAGCGUGGGAGACUUCCUGGAUGAAAAAUUCUUCUCGCCGUCAGGAUCCUGGGACGAGGCGAGCAAAGGCGUGUUCGAGUGGUGCAAGCGCAUCGAGUGCACGGACGAGGCGUGCUCCUCCAUGUACGAAUUCAACCUCUCGGAGCUGGGUCACUACUCGGGGUUUGAGGGCCGCUUCUUCAAUUCGCUGGGGCCCCGCGGAUUCAGCGCCAUCGUAGACACGCUGGUGGAUCGUCUGCCCGCGGGCAGCGUGAUCUUUAACAAGGCGGUGUCCUCCAUCCACUGGGGCCUCCGUACAGAACAGACCGCAGCCGAGGGAGUCGCAGGUGCCCACCCAGUACGGGUCGUGUGCGAGGAUGGAUCGGAGUUCCACGCUGAUCAUGUCAUCGUCACAGUAUCGCUGGGAUACCUGAAGGCCAACGGGGCCUCCAUGUUCCAUCCGCCGCUGCCACCGAGGAAGCUGAGGGCCAUCGAGCGCCUGGGCUUCGGCGCCGUCAGCAAGAUCUUCCUGGAGUUCGAGAGCCCCUUCUGGCCGGACGGCUGGGACAGUAUGCAGUUCGUGUGGAACGAGGGGCCAGAGGAUCGAGCCAUGUACGACAGGACAUUGGAGGUCCCAACAGGUUCAGAAGGAGGAUCUGCCAGAACUGCAGGCUCGUGGAAAGACAGCUGGUACAAGAAGAUCACCGGCUUCAACUCGGUGGCACGACACCCGAACGUGCUGUGCGGCUGGGUGACCGGCAGAGAGGCGCGGCACAUGGACACGCUGGAGUCAAGCGUGGUCGGGGACAUGUGUGUGAGGUUGCUGCGGCAGUUCACGCGGCUGCCCGUGAGCCGGCUGGUGCAGGUGCUGGUGACCACGUGGAACAAGGAUCGCUUCUUCCAGGGCGCCUACACCUACAUCCCUCUCGGGGUGAACGCGCGCACGGAGCAGCAAGCCCUGGCCGAGCCUGUACCUGGGCGCAGAGACCCCCAGGUGCUGUUCGCAGGCGAGGCGACGGACGUGAACUUCUACACGACCACACACGGAGCGCUUUUGAGCGGACAGAGGGAGGCUCGGCGUCUGCUGAACCGCUACACUCCGCCUGCCGCGCUCUGAACUCCAUAGGUGGCGGGUGAACAUGUUAUUUGGGGAAAUUAAAUAUACCUUUUAAAUACAACAAUCCCUAGCCAAAUCGCGUGGUUGGCAAAACCGCGGUUGGCUAUAUGAACGCCUUAAGGGAAAUAGGGGGUUAUGGCAACCAUGGGCGCGGUCACACUCGUGAAAGCCCAAGUCGCCUGUGCCUUCACUAAACACAAAUAUAAUACUGAGGGUUGAAGUCCGUGGUGACGACGAUGGCGCUGAUGAUCAGGUAAUGGUGGUUGCUUGAACGAAGAAUGGCUUUGGGCACCCUCUACCUCCACCCUCCGGUGGGAAGAGAGCGGUGGUGGGUGCUGGGUGAUGAGACGAUGCACGGAGGGAAAAUAGAUGUGGGUGAUUUGAAAUUACAAGUGCCGAUCUCCGUGCUCAACCGCAGACACAAAAAACUCCAUACCGCGGUUAAUACAUUGGUAUGCCGAAGGAAAAGCGUGGAUACAUAUAUACGGCAACACACGUGGUUGGUGAGGGAUUGCUGUAUAUAUAACAAAAAACAUUUCAAGUAAUAUAUUUUAUCUUGAGAAAAAAAUAUUUUUUUAAUGAAAGAAAUACAUUCAAUUAAGCAAAAUUUUGUCUUAAAUCUAAUAUGUCACAUUUAAUCAUGAAAUUUGUUUUGCUAUUUUUGGUUUACGUCUCACAUGCUGUUUUUGUUGUUGCAAUUUAAAUAAUGAGAUUUAGUUUUUAUUAUAAUCAUACCAAAACAUUUUCGCUGGAAGGUCUCAGUCUAAAGAUUCCUUUUCAGGAGAGUCCUGCAUUGGAAUAUUUGACCACUUUACAGUUAUCUAAUGAGUGUUUUUCUUAUUGUGAAUUAAAAUGCUGAGAAACCCCUCCACAGAAAUUGGUUCACAAACAUAUUUGCUGUACAGUCACAUUUUGGCCAUCUCGCAGGCCAGCGGGUUUAGAAGCUCGGCAAAUAUCUAAGUGAUUCAUCAACCCUUGGUGUCAAAAGUGCUGGAUCACAGAUCAAAUGUCUGUUAUACAAAAGUCAUAGAAAUCAAUCUACCACGAAUAACCAACAUCAAUGUCAUGUGACUAGUGUGAGUAUAGCAUGCCGGAUAUGUGAGAACCAUCAAACUGCACCUGCCAAAAUGAAAAGUGUGAAUGUGAAUCGUGUUAGGGAGUCCAAUGUAAUUUAAGUUAAUCAAGCGUAGUUUUCGGAUGCUAUCAUGAUGUAAUGGUGAGCGCAUUGGAAUUCCAAUGCAGAUAUCAUCAGUUUGAACUCCCAGCACAAUAUUUUAAGCCCCUGGGUACGUUUCUUAAAUCGCCUCCGCCUCUGUCCAUCCAGAGUAUUGAUGGAUACACCAGUCAAUCGCCAGAUAUAGCAUGUGGUGGGGUAAAGUGUGGAUACUCUCUCAUCUCCGCCCAACAUGGCAGAGUAUACCAAAUACUAUAGUCUCUAGACGGAUUUCUAGCGCUCUCUGUCAUGAAGGCCCUGUUGCUUACAGAGGUAAGGAAUUUCAGAAGCUCACUCUUCACACCUGAUGCAGUUUUCAAUUGUGUGAUGUGUAAGUCAAUUAUUGCAAAAGACUUUAACUGUUAAGUUGAUAAUCAACAAUAAAAU